CUUUACUAUUUAAUAUAAUGACGCUUCAAAAUGAUAUGUACUUGAAUACUCUUAUUAAUGAAAGACCAAAGCAUGCGCUGAAUGCGACACAUACAAGACUUCACUCUGCAGUAAAACUAAAUGAAGAGCUUGCAGACUACUUUCGAGAUCGAGCACAGAUAGAAGAUUUGUAUGUCAAAAGUUUACAGAAAUUGACAAGAAAGCAUUAUAUAUCCAACAAGGCAGCACUUGGAACCUUUGUUCCCAUGUGGGAAAUAUUGUAUCAAGAGAUUUCUACAUUGUGUAAUAUCCAUUCAGACUAUUCAAACAAGAUUCUUGAAAAUAUUGAACAGCCUUUGCGACAGUGCAUGAUUAAUAAUGCAGACUAUAACCAAGUUCAAUCCAUGGAAGAUCAUCUUGCAAAGAUUGCUAGAGAAUAUGACGAAUUGGAUGCCAAGAUACAAAAGCAUAAAAGGGCUGGUCCAAAAGGAGAAUCAAAGGUAGUAGAAUGUACGAAACAACAAGAGAAGAAGUAUCAAGAAUGGAUUAAUGAAGCACCUGCUUAUUUACAAAAACAUCAAGCUGUAGAUGAAUAUCGUUGGACAGUUGUAAAGUCACUUGUACAAAACUUUGAAUUGCUUCAACAGAGUGCUUUAGAAAAGAAUUUAGAGCUGACAAAAACCGCCACAGCUAUUAUCGAUCCACUCUCUAUUGAAGAUGAGAUCGCGCACUUUUGUUCAGGCAAUCAUCGUGAAGUUGGAGAUUCUGUAUCAGAAUAUCACCUUCAACACGAUGCUGUCGUCCCUGAACCUUCUAUUUCAGAAUCAAGUCUAAAACAUGCAACAUCACCCACUAAAAAGAAAAGAUUCUUUUCUACACUUGUCAGUAUACGACGCAAACCCAAGAGCGGUCAUCUUCAACAUACUACAGACACACAAAACCGUCAGCGAAGUUUGAGCCAUUCUGGAAGUUUAGUCGAAAGUAUUCAUAGUCAUGAACAUCCUAUCAACACAAAUCCAGGUAUUGAAGUGGCUACACCCCAAAUUAGAAAGGCAGCUAGUUUUACAACAGCUACAAUGACUCAACAACAGCAACAGCAACAACAAGAUGCGCCUCUUAUCGUCGUUGAUUCUGAAGGUUAUUCCAUACCACCUCCCAAUAGAAAUCAUACAUGGCCAUCCGAGGCUUCUGAAUCACUUGUAGACACCGAAGAUAUGAGCUCAGAUGCUGGCAGUCUGUUCAGCAAUAACGCCAAUCCCCGUAUCAGAGUAGACAUUAAGAAUGAAUCUGUUGUCGAGGAAGACGCGUCAAACGCGGCUGUAGCCUUGAGUCGAGUAGCUACGUUGUUGAAAGAGAAAAAUGCAGCUCCAGGUACUCGAAGAUUAAGGGGUCGUAGAGAAGUCCGUUCUACACAACUUUAUUCAGUUAUGGAGCAGCCUAGCUCCUCACCCUUUUUACAAUCAUUUGAGGAAGUGAAUGAAGAAGAACCGGAUGUUGCUUUACCAGCUAUAAAUGUUGACGUGACAGAAAGGAUAUUUGCUCUUUCAAAAUCUGGACAUAUUGAGCAGGCAAUGAUCAAGGGCGAAGUACGCAUAAGAUACACAGGGCCAAGAGAAAGCACACGACCGGUCUGCUUCCAGAUAAACUUGCCGUCAUCUGCGGCAACUGAACUGACAGAUCAUAUCCAAUUGUUGACAGAUAACACCUAUCAACUCAAAUCACUCAUCACAGAGAAAGAGAUGGUCAUCAUGACUUACCAACUAGAUUUGACAGAUUUGCCAUUGCUGAUCAAGCCCAUGUGGAGAUGUGAUCAAGAAAAGAGCCGAUUACUGAUCAAGUACCAAAAGCAGUGCGCAGGCACAUUAGAGAAUGUGGUCUUUAUCACGUCGGUCACAGGAGAUGUGCAACAUGCCCAAAGUAUUCCUCCAGGCGAACUCAGCCUAGCCCAUCAACGUAUCAGAUGGGAUUUGGGUACACUAGAUCACUCAGAGGAAGCCAACAUCAAGGCUCAAUUCGAAACCAAUAGUCAAGGUUCUCCACAACCUAUCGCUGCACGCUUUGAUCUUAAAGAUGAGCUUUAUUCACACUUGCAGAUCAACCAAGGAUUUGAUCCUAAUGUGACUUGGGCACAAGUGAAUGUGAUAAACAAGUCCGUCAAGGCAGAUAAAUAUAUUGUUGCUUAA